ACUUCCUCACUAGAAUUUCUUCGCACCAAAAAAAAAAAAAAACUGUAACCCGCUCUUAACUUCUUCGCAUGCAGUCGGAGCUCCGGCUCCUUUAACGGAGCCCUGCUCAAUUAUCCAAAAUUUCACUUCCUUUUAGAUCUCUGUCCUACUUUUUCUAAUCUGAUCUCAACCGAACAAAAUAAAUAAAACAAAGAAAAUUACUAGGAAAUUAUAUACAGUUUUUCGAAAAUGUCGAAACCCUGGGGUGGCAGAGGCUCGUGGGCCGCCGAGGCCGAGCGGGAAGAGGCGGAGGAGCGUAAAGCUAUGGAAGCUGCGGCCGCUGCUGGUACCACGGCUGGACCGCAGAGUUUUCCUAGCCUAAAAGAAGCCGUUAGUACGAAGCCCAAGAAGAAGAAAUUGACUCUCCCGGAGUUCAACAUGGGGAUUUAUUCGUCAUCCGGCGGCGGUGGAGGAGUUGGUGUCGGUGCUAGGGUAUCGGAUUACAACAAGCUGACACCAGACGAGAUGAUGCUCCUUCCGACCCGACCCAAAGAACGUACCGAUGAGGAAAUGCAGUAUGGCCGUCUGGGAGGAGGAUUUUCGUCUUAUGGUAGGUCCGGUCCAUCUGCGGGUCGGGGUAUUCGUGAACGUGACGGCAACGACGGGUCAUGGGGCUCCGGAAGAAGGCAGUACGGAGGUUUUGAUGAAGAACGACGUGGUCCGCCUUCUAGGGUUUCUGAUUACGAUCAGCCAUCGCGUGCUGAUGAGGUGAAUAAUUGGGCAAUGGGAAAGAAAACAACUCCUUCCUUUGAUUCGGGCCGGCAAAACCGAUACGGUGGACUUGGAACUGGAGGAGGUGGUGGAAACUCUAAGGCUGAUGAAGUUGAUAAUUGGACGGCUGGAAAACGGCCAAUUCCGUCUCGACCUUCAACGUUUGGCUCAGGUUUUCGUGACACGGUACCUGAGCCUGAUAGAUGGACCCGAAGUGGAGGUGGUGGUGGAUUCAGAGAGGAAAUACCUAGAUUUGUUUUGAAUCCUCCGAGAGGGGAAGUGAAUGAGCCAGCGGUUAAGACGAAUAAGCCUAAUCCUUUUGGGGCAGCAAGGCCAAGGGAAGAGGUGUUAACGGAGAAAGGAUUGGAUUGGAAGAAACUAGAUUCUGAGUUUGAAUCAAAGAAGGUAUCUAGCAGGCCUAGCAGCUCUCACUCCAGCAGGUCAUCGAGUGUACAGUCCAGCAGGUCUGAAGGUCCCCAGCUGCAAGGGAUUGAAAAUGUAAUUAAGCCAAGGCCAAAGGUCAACCCGUUUGGAGAUGCUAAGCCUAGAGAAGUUCUACUGGAAGAGCGUGGAAAGGAUUGGCGGAAGAUUGAUCUCGAGUUUGAGCGUCGUAGGCUGGACAGGCCAGAAACAGAGGAGGAGAAGAUAUUGAAACAAGAAAUAGAUAAUCUAAAGAAGGAGCUCGAGAAAGAUUCAACUCCAGGUUCAGAAUCUGCUGGGGACCAGCCCACAUUACAUGAAACACUACAUCAUAAGGAAAGAGAAUUAGAGAAACUUAUCCGAGAUAUGGAGAAUAAAGCUAGAUUUGGGCAGAAAGCUAGCGAAACGCCUGUUUCUGGAUCUGGCAGGAGUGGCAGCUUCUCUGAUAGACCACCCUCUCAGUCUGGGUCUAGUGAUGGCUCUAGAAAUAUGGAGUUCAUGGAUAGACCCAGAUCUCGUGGUUCUGUUGAUGCAUGGUCAAGACCUGCUGAUGACCGAAGAGGAUUUCAGGGAGGAUUUAAAGGUGGCAGGGAUAGAGGAUUUCUGGGAAACAGAGAUUUGGAGAGUGGCAGGCCAAGGUCAAGGGAGAGAUGGUGAGCCCUGGAAUUGGCGUUGUUUUUUUAAAUUCUGUCCUCAACUUUUGACAACCCGAACCAAUAACAUUUUGUCGCGCUGAAUCGCAUCUUGUUUUAAUUGUUCUCUGCUUUUUGGCUCUGGUAAGAUUCUUCAGUACCGGGACACUGAACUCUGGGAUAAUCUAUUGUUACAUCUUUGAAACUUUGUAAAAUGGCCUCACCACCACUCUGUUUUUUGUUUGUACACUUAUUUUGACUCCAACUUUAUUAAACAUGCAA